AUGGAAGAGAGUGCAACCACUAUGGGGGACAUGACAAAUAGCGAUUUUUACGCAAAGAACCAAAGAAACGAGGGCAACCAUGCCGGGGGCUUUGGCUGCUCGCUCAUGGAACUGCGGUCUCUCAUGGAGCUGCGGGGCACGGAGGCAGUGGUCAAAAUCCAGGAGGACUAUGGAGACAUAGAGGGACUGUGCCAGCGACUGAAAACCUCACCAACGGAGGGUUUGGCAGGAGUUCCAACUGACCUAGAUAAGAGAAGAGAAAUCUAUGGGCGAAACCUUAUACCUCCAAAGAAGCCAAAAACUUUCUUACAGUUAGUGUGGGAAGCGCUACAAGAUGUGACCCUUAUCAUUCUCGAAAUUGCGGCCAUGAUCUCCCUGGGCCUCUCCUUUUAUCAGCCCCCUGGGGAGGGCAGUGAAUCCUGUGGGACUGCUAACGCGGGCGCAGAGGACGAGGGGGAGGCAGAGGCUGGCUGGAUCGAGGGUGCUGCUAUUUUACUUUCCGUGGUCUGCGUGGUUCUUGUCACUGCCUUUAACGACUGGAGUAAGGAGAAGCAGUUCAGGGGUUUACAGAGUCGCAUUGAACAGGAGCAGAAAUUUCAGGUGGUGCGCGGCAGCCAGGUCAUCCAGCUUCCUGUAUCGGACAUUGUGGUUGGUGAUAUUGCACAAGUCAAAUAUGGUGACCUUCUUCCAGCUGAUGGAGUGUUGAUACAGGGGAAUGAUCUGAAAAUUGAUGAGAGUUCUCUAACGGGUGAAUCAGACCAUGUCCGGAAAUCUGCAGACAAAGACCCCAUGCUCCUCUCUGGUACACAUGUGAUGGAGGGUUCAGGUCGAAUGGUGGUCACGGCAGUUGGGGUGAACUCUCAGACUGGCAUCAUCUUUACCCUGCUCGGCGCUGGAGGAGAAGAGGAGGAGAAAAAAGAGAAGAAAGGUGAGAAAGUGGAGGAUUGCCAACAGCUAGCAGACUGCUCCCAUCCCUCCUCACACCCCAUCGCAACUAUAGCUACAGAUGGUGCUGCAGGCGCGAAUGCCCCUGGUAAUACCAGCCUAGUCAAUGGUAAAAUGCAAGAUGGAAAUAUGGAGAACAACCAGACCAAAGUGAAGAAGCAAGAUGGUGCUGCCGCCAUGGAGAUGCAGCCCUUGAAGAGUGCAGAGGGUGGGGACACUGAUGAAAAGGAGAAGAAGAAAGCUAACGUCUCAAAGAAGGAGAAAUCGGUCCUGCAAGGGAAGCUAACCAAGUUGGCUGUUCAGAUUGGCAAAGCAGGUUUGGUGAUGUCUGCCAUCACAGUCAUUAUCCUGGUGCUCUACUUUGCCAUUGAUAACUUUGUCCUGCAGAAGAGACAGUGGAUGCCAGAGUGCACUCCAAUAUACAUUCAGUAUUUUGUCAAGUUCUUCAUCAUUGGCGUCACUGUGUUGGUGGUUGCCGUUCCUGAGGGACUCCCAUUGGCUGUGACCAUCUCUUUGGCCUACUCUGUCAAGAAAAUGAUGAAGGAUAAUAACUUGGUUCGCCAUCUGGAUGCUUGUGAAACCAUGGGCAAUGCCACGGCAAUCUGCUCAGAUAAAACCGGCACCCUGACAACCAAUAGGAUGACAGCAGUUCAGCUCUACGUUGGAGACGUCCACUAUAAAGAGAUACCUGAUCCAAGUUCCAUUCCUCCCAAAACUCUCGAGGUCUUGGUCAAUGCUAUCUCCAUCAAUAGCGCCUACACCACUAAAAUACUGCCUCCUGAUAAGGAAGGUGGUUUGCCCAAACAGGUGGGCAACAAAACAGAAUGUGGUCUCUUAGGUUUGGUCCUCGACCUGAAGAGAGACUAUCAGCCCAUUCGCAACCAGAUUCCCGAAGAGAAGCUCUAUAAAGUGUACACGUUCAACUCGGUCCGGAAAUCCAUGAGCACGGUCAUCAAACUCCCUGACGGAAGCUUCAGGAUGUACAGCAAAGGAGCCUCUGAGAUUGUCCUAAAGAAGUGCACACGUAUCCUAAAUGAGGUGGGCGAGACUCGUGUAUUUCGGCCUCGGGACAGGGAUGAGAUGGUGAAGAAAGUGAUUGAACCCAUGGCUUGUGAUGGACUGAGGACCAUCUGCGUGGCAUACCGUGACUUCCCCGCCGACCCAGAGCCCAACUGGGAUGACGAGAACAACAUUCUUAACGAGUUAACAGCUAUCUGUGUGGUGGGCAUCGAGGACCCUGUUAGACCAGAGGUGCCUGACGCCAUUCAGAAGUGCCAGCGCGCGGGCAUUACCGUGCGCAUGGUUACCGGUGACAACAUUAACACAGCGCGUGCCAUUGCUAUCAAAUGUGGCAUUAUUCACCCUGGAGAGGACUUCCUGUGCAUCGACGGCAAGGAGUUCAACAGAAGGAUCCGCAAUGAGAAGGGAGAGGUUGAACAGGAACGCAUUGAUAAAGUGUGGCCUAAACUGCGUGUGUUGGCUAGAUCAUCCCCAACAGACAAACACACACUAGUCAAAGGUAUUAUCGACAGCACACUUGUGGACCAAAGACAAGUUGUCGCGGUAACCGGGGAUGGAACCAAUGACGGACCUGCUCUGAAGAAAGCGGAUGUCGGCUUUGCCAUGGGAAUCGCGGGGACAGAUGUGGCGAAGGAGGCCUCAGACAUCAUUCUGACAGAUGACAACUUCUCCAGCAUUGUUAAAGCAGUGAUGUGGGGGCGGAAUGUCUACGACAGCAUCUCCAAGUUUCUGCAGUUCCAGCUGACUGUCAAUGUGGUGGCUGUGAUAGUGGCCUUCACUGGUGCUUGUAUUACUCAGGACUCUCCCCUGAAAGCUGUUCAGAUGCUGUGGGUGAAUCUGAUCAUGGACACAUUUGCCUCUCUGGCCUUGGCCACCGAGCCCCCCACUGAAUCUCUGCUGUUGAGGAAACCUUAUGGUCGCGACAAACCCCUUAUCUCCAGCACUAUGACCAAGAACAUCCUGGGCCACGGUGUCUAUCAGCUCACCAUUAUAUUCACUCUGCUGUUUGUUGGUGAACAGAUCUUUGACAUAGACAGUGGCAGGAAUGCCCCACUGCACUCCCCUCCUUCUGAACAUUACACAAUCAUCUUCAACACCUUUGUCAUGAUGCAGCUGUUUAAUGAGAUCAACGCACGCAAGAUCCACGGCGAGAGAAACGUUUUUGACGGCAUCUUCAGGAAUCCUAUCUUCUGCUCCAUAGUUCUGGGAACAUUUGCCAUUCAGAUUGUGAUUGUGCAGUUUGGGGGGAAGCCAUUUAGCUGUUCUCCACUGGACCUGGAGAAAUGGAUGUGGUGUGUGUUCCUUGGUUUGGGAGAACUGGUAUGGGGACAGGUGAUAUCAACAAUUCCGAAUAGCAAACUCCGCUUCCUGAAAGGAGCAGGUCAGCUGACGCAGAAGGACGAGAUGCCGGAGGAGGAGCUGAACGAGGAUCAGGAGGAGAUUGAUCACGCUGAGAGAGAGUUACGGCGCGGCCAGAUCCUCUGGUUCCGCGGUCUUAACAGAAUCCAGACUCAGAUCCGCGUUGUGAAUGCGUUCCGUAGCUCGCUCUACGAAGGCUUGGAAAAACCGGAAUCCAGAACCUCCAUCCACAAUUUCAUGACUCAUCCGGAGUUUAGAAUAGAGGACUCCACUCCUCACAUUCCUCUCAUAGACGACACCGAUAUCGAUGAUGAGGCGAGAAAAAAUUCCAGUCAGCCAUCAUCGCCCAACAAGAACAACAAUGCCAUCGAUAGCGGUAUAAACCUCACCACCGACACGAGUAAAUCAGCUGCUUCCUCCAGUCCUGGGAGUCCUCUUCAUAGUUUGGAGACAUCACUCUAG